CCCACGUUUAGCUCAGAAAUAACCAUUAAUUUAAUUACAUGUGGUUUUUGCCAAAAUAACUUGUAUGGUAUGUCAUUGUAAGCAAAGUUAACAGCGAUUACAAGGUUUGUUUAAUUUCUUUAAAGUGUUUUAUGCACCGUCGUACAUAUAGCCACUAUUUAGCUCAUAAAUAGACCGACUACGAACAAACCAUGUUUAGCCCAAAAUAACCUUGAAUUUAAUAAAAUUUUGUUUUUGCCAAAAUAACUUGCAAAAAUUAUGAUAUUUUAUCAGGCAUGCAAAGACACCAGUGAAUUUAAGAUGUUUGGUUUUAUUUAUCUUAUCUGAAUAUCUGCUGUCACGCAUAACAUUCAUUAUUUGACCGUAUUUCAAAGAUAAACAAAAUCCAGUUACAACUCCGAACCGCUAGAUGGCAGCAGUACACAAACACGGGGCCAAAUCUCACGAGAAAGAUUUCCGCUGUUUGAAAAGCAACAACAUCAGCGAGCAGCCACGAGGAAAGCAUGUACCACACUUGUUUGGUCUUGUAAGUUUUUUAUUAUGAUUUUAUUUUACAUGUGUUUAAAAUUGAUUUACUUUAUUUGUUGUUGGAAUCGCGACAUUCUUGCGGGUAACUUAACAGUAUAACGUAGUAAACCCAUGUUUUAUAAAACCUAAACAGUACAACCUGCAAUGUAAUAAAAUAGUGGAGGUAAAUGAGUCUAUGUAACGUUACACUGAAGAUUUACAUGAGUGAUUUGUAGGCUGCUUUUUAGUAACAGCAGUAACUUAGCUAAGUUAUUACUGUGUUGCUUACAGUAAAGUAGGCAGUGUUGUGCUUUACAAUUAUGCAUGCAGAGAUAGAUUGUGGGGGAAAGCUAUUUUCCAUAAUGGACUUAACUUACAGGCCUUCAGUCUGUUGGAAAAAAGAGUUUUAUUGUGUUAGUGAGGGAAAACUUGCAGGUCAGUGGGCAUUAACCUUUAAGGUUGGUAAACACUUGUACACUGAAGCAUACAAUACUGUACAAUUACUGACAUAGGCAUGUGCUAUUCAGGUGUCAAAGCUCUGCGAAACUGAAGGGAGAAACUUGAGAGACCGUGCCGGAAGAAUGCUGGACAGAGUUCACUAAAAUUCAUUAAUUUCAAAGUUCAACAUUAAUGGUGGUGGUCCACUGCAGAAGCAAGCAUUUGAAAAAACAUCACUUCUCAGUUAUUAAAGAUGCUGUGUUGAACAACUUCCCAGCAGCAACAGAACUGGAAGUGAAGGAUGCAAUGGGGGCAUUUCAAACAGGCACCAGGGAGCACGAGGGGGGGGGUAUAGAAAUUAGUACAAUUAAUAAGUUGACGUGAACUGAAGAUAGUUUGUUAAUGUUUAGAUGUAAUUUCAUUUUUAAAAUUGUAUUUUGUUAUAUAUGCUUUUAUUUUGUUACUGUUUUUAUUCUUUUUGUUAAAAGUAGUUUUUCUUCAUUUGGUCUUAUCUGAAUUUCUAUUGUAUUAACAAUAUUUUUUGUAAUAAAUUGCAUGAUUGCAUGUUUAUGAGAACCUUUUUUAAUGGAUUAAAAAGAAUUCUUUAGCCAUUCUUUUGUUCUUUAUUAGACACACACGUGUAGUCGUUUAAUAGCCGUCUAUUUAACGGCUAGUCUAUUCUUGGGCUAUGAUAGACGUCUACUAGAUUUUCACUGACAGCCCAAAAUUAGCCUUGUUUUAGCCUAGACCCACAUUCACCGUCUAUUAGACGUAUAUAUGUAGACGUUUAAUAGCCGUCUAUUUGAUGACUAGUCUAUUUCUUGGGCUAUGAUAGACGUCUACUAGAUUUUCACUGACAGCCCAAAAUUAGCCUUGUUUUAGCCUAGACGUCAGGGGGGUGUUUAGACGGCUAUUAGACGUCUAUUAGCCGCAAAAUUGCUUGCUGGGUUUCCUCCUCGUCGGAAAUAAAAUGGUGCAAAAGCGAUUGUUGGUGACAGUGAUCUGCAUUUUUCUCUGCGCAUUGUUAAUGGCGCACACAGCAUAUGGAGACGUGAGCUACUCUGUUCCGGAGGAGAUGAAGCGCGGAUUUGUGAUUGGAAAUAUAGCAAAAGAUCUUGGGCUCGAUGCGAACAGUUUGUCGUCUCGUAUGGCUCGCAUUGACACUGAAGGUAACAGGAAUCGAUACUGUGAUAUUAAUCUGAAUACUGGAGAACUGACCGUAGCGGAGAGGAUCGACAGAGAGGCGCUUUGUGGAAAGAAAGCUUUGUGCGUUAUAAAACAGGAGCUCGUGCUGGAAAAUCCGUUAGAGCUGCAUCGCUUUAUUUUUAAUAUUCAAGAUAUAAAUGAUAAUUCACCACAGUUCAAAGAAAGCGCAAUCAAAUUUGAAAUAAGAGAAUCAGCUGACAAAGGAUCUCGUUAUUUACUGGAUGAGGCCCACGAUGCAGAUAUUGGUGUGAAUUCAGUUAAUUCAUAUGUAUUGCAAAACAAUGAACACUUUCUUCUUAAUGUUCUAACUAAAGCAAAUGGAAGAAAAUAUGGAGAGCUCGUGCUGAAUAAAGAGUUAGAUCGUGAGCAGCAGAAAGAGGUGACUUUAAUUCUCACUGCGGUUGAUGGUGGGACUCCACCGAGAUCAGGUACUGUCGCCAUACACGUCACUGUGCUGGAUGCUAAUGAUAAUGCUCCUGUCUUUAGUCAGGCCGUCUAUAAAGUCAGUCUGCCUGAAAAUUCUCUUGUAGAUACUGUAGUGGUUACAGUGAGCGCUAAUGAUGCUGACGAGGGGCAGAAUGGAGCGAUAACAUAUGAAUUUGGGCAUUUACAAGAACAUUUUCUGGAAACAUUUUCACUUGAUCCAGCGUCUGGUCAGAUUAAAUUAACCGGAUACAUUGAUUAUGAGGAUGAGAGUUCAAUCGAACUACCUAUACAAGCUAAAGAUGGUCAAGGAUUAGCCAGCCAUUCAGCUGUGUUAAUAGAUAUUGUUGAUGUCAAUGAUAAUGCCCCCAUGAUAAUAAUUAAAUCUCUGAAAAGCCCCGUUCCCGAGAAUGCGUCACCCGGUACAGAGGUUGGCAUCAUUAAUGUGCAGGACAGAGACUCUGAGAAUAACGGACAGGUGCGCUGCUCCAUUCAGCAAAACGUCCCAUUUAAACUCCUACCUUCAAUCAAAAAUUAUUAUUCUCUAGUGACCACAGGUGAAUUAGACCGGGAGUUAGUGUCUGAUUAUAAUUUCACAAUUACUGCUUCUGAUGAGGGCACUCCGCCUUUAUCUUCCACUAAGAAUAUUCACUUCACUGUAGCUGACGUGAAUGAUAAUCCACCUGUAUUUAAAGAGCAGAAUUACAGAGCUCACGUGCAAGAAAAUAACAAACCGGGAUCCUCUAUUUGUUUAGUGUCAGCCACAGACCCGGACUGGAGACAGAAUGGCACUGUAGUUUAUUCUCUGUUAGCUUCUGAUGUCAACGGCUCACCGGUUUCCUCGUUUUUAUCCGUUAACGGAGACACCGGGGUCAUUCACGCCGUGAGGUCGUUUGAUUAUGAACAGUUGCAAAGUUUUAAAGUGCUGGUGUUAGCCAGAGAUAACGGUUCUCCUCCUCUGAGCAGUAACGUUACAGUGACUGUCUUUAUAAAGGAUGAGAAUGACAACACCCCUCAGAUAUUAUACCCCUCUCCAGACGGAAACUCCUUCAUGACCGAGAUGGUACCCAAAGCUGGGCAGGCGGGCUCCCUGGUGUCCAAGGUGAUUGCCGUGGACGCCGAUUCUGGACAGAAUGCGUGGCUUUCCUAUCACAUUAUUAAAGCUAGUGAUCCGGGACUUUUCACCAUCGGUGUACACAGCGGAGAGAUCAGGACACAGCGAGACCUUUCUGAAUCUGACAGCAUGAAGCAGAACAUUAUUGUUUCUGUGAGAGAUAACGGACAGCCCUCUCUCUCUGCCACCUGCCCACUGUAUUUACUUAUAUCGGAUAACUUGGCUGAAGUUCCAGAACUGAAAGACAUGUCUCAUGACGAAAGCAACUCCAAACUCACUUUUUAUUUGAUCAUCGCUCUGGUGUCCGUUUCCACUUUUUUUCUGACGUUUAUCAUCAUCAUCCUGGCCGUGAGGUUUUGUCGCAGGAGAAAGCCGAGACUGUUGUUUGAUGGAGCUGUAGCUAUUCCCAGCGCGUAUCUCCCUCCAAAUUACGCAGAGGUGGAGGGCGCAGGAACUUUCCGCAGCGCUUACAACUAUGACGCGUACCUGACCACGGGCUCGCGCACGAGUGAUUUCAAGUUUGUCAGAUCUUAUAACGAGGGCACGCUGACUUCUGACCUGACGCUUAAAAAGUCUGCCUUGGAUGAUCUUAAUGAUUUUGGGGAGAAUGAGAAUAUAUCUCAGCAAAAGCCACCCAGCGCUGACUGGCGUUUCACUCAGAACCAGAGACCGGGACCCAGCGGGGCUGCUGCCACUCCUGAGGUUGCCAUGGGAACAGGACCUUGGCCCAACCCCCCCACUGAGGCCGAGCAGCUCCAGGCAUUGAUGGCCGCUGCUAAUGAGGUGAGCGAGGCGACCAACACUCUGACUCCGGGCACCAUGGGUCUGAGCACCCGCUACAGCCCUCAGUUCACCCUCCAGCACGUGCCUGACUACCGGCAGAACGUCUACAUCCCCGGGAGCACGGCCACCCUCACCGCCAACCCUCAGCAGCCCCAACAGGCCCUGCCUCCCUCGCAGGCCUCUCCUGUUGAAUCUGAGCCGCCCAAGGCCGCCCAGACCCCGGCCAGCAAGAAGAAAUCUGCAAAGAAGGAAAAGAAGUAGAUUGGAUGGAGGAGGCGUGUGGAAAUUGUGCUGGAAAUCUUCAGUAACUAGUCAAAUUAAAAGAUAGAUGAAUAUUAGGGUAAAAACACAGUAUGUCAAAGUGAACCGACCUCUCAGAUGUAUCUAACCUUUGUUAUCUGUAGCGAUCUGUUUUACGCAUGUGUUUUUUUACUUUGUGUGUUUACAGCACAUGUACUUUAAAGUCAUUUUCACACAUUUUCUUUCAUUUUAGAUGAAUGUGACGGUCAUUUAGAGAGAAACUGUUUUAUAUUUUCACUUUGCCAAGUUUAUGCAACUUCCAAGUGACAUUAUAUUUCCGCGUAUAUCUAGCCAAUAAUGUAUGUCACCGCAGUACUUUACCAUGGGAGUUAUGGAAAAGGAAAUGUGUUGUUGUAACAAUCAUGUUAUUGUUUACACAGACUCGUGAGUUUAGAUACUGUUGCAAUGUUUGUAAAAUGUAUCAUGAAUAUUUUAUUUUUACCUUGUUUUUUUAAGACAUGUUACCUAAAAUACCACUAGGCUACUCAAAAUCUAUAAGAAAUGUUGCCAUAUUCAGGUGAGCAUUACUGCAUGCUGGUCUAUAGAUAAUUUUACGGUCACCUAACAUUUAUAAAGGUCCAUCUUAUGGUGUUGAUCGAUUUAAACAUUUAAGAUCUUCUUUUUUACAACAAAUCCCCUGUGUAUCUCUGAGCCAGAGUUUGUUGUUUUUUUGUUACCUGAAUGUUUUUGGAGCGUUAGCGACUGUCGUCCGAGCCGUGACAGGCGAGUUAGUUUUCUCUGAAUCCAUUAGCACACCAUUGGCUCUAUCCUCUGAAGUAUUCAGUAUUUUCUGGUUAUCCUAAAGUGUUGAAACUCUCUCUUUAUCAGUGCUGGUUAUAGUUAGAUGAGUUGGUAAUACUACUCAUCGUUAGCUGCUGUUAUGAAAAGUGCUGAAUCUAUCCAUUAAUGAUGGAGCCUCCCUGUACUGACACUUCAAAUCCACCAAGCUUACGAUCGACUAAGUUCAUUAAGUUUUGGAGUAGAGUGUUUAACAGGAGGACAAUCUUAAAAUGUCUGAAUGUACAGCAGAGACAGCUUUAAUACCGGUAUGAAAUAAUAUUUUGCAAAACAUACACUCCAUUCAAAUCAAAGUACUGAUUCACUUCGUAUCUUCAGCAUGAUGCUCAUGUAAAUAGUCAUUCGCCCUUAAUAACGCAUGCAAGCGUUUAAGAUAAGCAGUUUGAGGCAAGCUGCUCUGUACUGGAAUUUCACAGCUUGUUUUUCCGAUAAAAAGGGAAGAAUUUGAAACACCCAGUAUGUGUUACCAGUGUAGUUCUUUAGCACUAUGAAGGGCAACUAACGCACCUGUAAAUAAAGAGUUUAACUUUUACUUAUAGUGACACACUCUUAGUCUAGAAGUUGUGAUGUUCUGCAUAUAUUUUUGUGUUCAUCUUUAUUUUCCUGUCUGACUUUCCAUGAAAAGACACAAAAUGGAGGCCGAACCGUCCAAACUCCUCCUCUAUAAUUUUGUGUUUUCUGACGUGCGACUGCUUCUUAAUGUCUAUAUGAAGAAACUGAAUAGUUCUAUUAUCUGUGUGUGUAUGUCUGCUGAUGCUAUAAACCUGCUGUAACAUCUUUAAGACGCUUUGAUUCCCUGAUCUCUUGUGUGCUACUUGCAUUUUAUAUGCUAAUAUUUAUAUUGCUGUUUUAUUUUUCUUUCUUGGACACUGACAUUUCAAAUAAAAAGUUCUCAAAUCGUUAAGAA